GUGAUCGCCGGAACUACCGUCCUUCUGUUCGGGACCGCGAUAGCCGCGGACUAAUCUGCCCCCCCUCCCCCAGGUAUUUCCCUCCCUCCCAAGGAGGAUUCCGUGUACUGCUGGAUGUCGUUCAACACAGUGGAAAAGAAGAGCAUUUCCGCCCACACCAAAAAAGUCUCGGCUCUUCAUCGCCUCUUACGUCAUCAACCCGCGCUGAAGCGAUGCCGAAGUCCCCGAUGCUGCUGAAAUACAAAGCCGUCUGAAUUAACCGGGAUUCUGGCAACGGCUGCGCCCUCAUUGAGGCCUAUGGCGCAAGAACAUAGUUUCGGAGAGCUGGGAAGGAAAGAAGUUUAAUAGCUAGCUUAUGGAUGCAUUAAAACGCUUCCCCGCGGGGCCGCGGUCUCGAGUUUCGGUCUCGGCUUCCCUCAGAUGGAAAAGGUUGGAGUGGUCUAUACCUAGAGAUUAUUUUAAUCCCGCCGAUUUUGUUAACUCCUAUCCGCGGACAAGGGUGAUGGUUUGCAAGAAAAGAAAAUAAUUGCAUGAAGGCCCUCUCCUUACCUCUAGUUUGAAUUACUCCUAGUAUUGGCUUUUAAGAUGAGUAACAUCUCUUCUUCAAGAUUGGAAGAUAGAGUUCUGCAAACUCUGACAAAAGUUUUUGGAUUUAACUCUUUCAAGACUUCAUUGCAAGGAAGUGCAACUAUGACUGUGGUAAAAGGGGAAAAGGAUGCAUUUGUAUGUAUGCCAACAGGAGCAGGGAAAUCUUUGUGUUAUCAGCUUCCAGCAGUUUUGGCAAAGGGCAUCACGAUAGUGAUUUCACCAUUAAUUUCACUUAUUCAGGACCAAGUGGAUCAUUUGCUCUCUCUCAAAGUCAGAGUGAGCUCUUUUAAUUCCAAGAUGUCCGCUCAGGAGAGAAAAGCCAUCCUUGCUGACUUGACAAGUGACCACCCUAAGAUAAAGUUAUUGUACAUCACUCCAGAGAUGGCAGCUUCUGCUUCUUUUCGGCCCUCCUUGGAACGUCUAAUGUCUCAAAAUCUUAUCUCUUACCUGGUAGUUGAUGAAGCUCACUGUGUUUCCCAGUGGGGGCAUGACUUCCGACCGGACUAUUUGCAUCUUGGCUCCUUGCGUUGUCGCAUGCCCAAUAUAUCAUGCAUAGCCCUGACAGCCACAGCUACUAAGCAAGUUCAGGAAGAUAUUAUAGCCCUGCUGAAGCUAAAGCAGCCUGUUGCCACUUUCAGGACACCUUGCUUCAGGCCCAAUCUGUUCUAUGACGUGCAGUUUAAAGACCUUUUAGCAGAUCCCUAUGAAAAUCUGAAGGAUUUCUGUCUGAAGUCUCUUGGACAGCAAAAUGAAUUAGGGGGGUAUCCUGGCUGUGGAAUUAUCUACUGCAGGAUGAGAGAUGCUUGUGAACAGGUGUCUAUUGAGCUAAGCAAUAGAGGAGUAAAAGCAAAGGCAUAUCAUGCAGGGCUGAAGCUGGUAGAGCGAACCUCCAUUCAAAAUGAAUGGAUGGAGGAAAAAUUUCCAGUCAUCGUUGCUACUAUCAGUUUUGGAAUGGGAGUUGACAAACCCAACGUCAGAUUCGUUGCACACUGGAAUAUUUCAAAAUCAAUGGCUGGAUAUUACCAAGAAUCAGGAAGGGCAGGGAGAGAUGGGAAUCCAUCAAGCUGUCGCCUUUAUUACUCUCAUACUGACAGAGAACAAAUCUGCUUUCUCAUCAAGAAAGAAAUGACUACGCUUCAGGGGAAACGGGGUUCUUUGAAGGAGUCUGAUAAAGCUGUGAUGAAAAACUUUGAGGCUAUGGUCGCCUUCUCUGAAGAUCUUGUUUGUCGCCAUGCUGCCAUAGCCAAUUACUUUGGAGAUGAUGUCCCCCAAUGUAACAGAAGCUGUGAUUACUGUAAGAAUCCAGUAGCAGUGAAGAAGCAAGUAGAAGCAUUACAGCAUAGCACCAAAAGUUGGAGCAGAACCUAUAUUGGACCUUCUGCUUCCUCUUGGAAUGCCUGUGAUCCUGAGCUAUAUGGAGGAGGAAAGCGAGGUUGGGGUGGCUUUGAAAGCUAUGAUGAAGAUACCAGGAGUGUGGGUGCAGUUAAUGAGGACAGCCAGAAAAAGGAAUGGAACAUUUUCUAUAACAAACAGAUGAAGUUGCGCAGGGGCAGAGAAUCUGAAAAUGAUAACUUUGUUCUUCCGGAUAGCGAUUGUCCCUUGAAGGAUGCAGCCAGUAGGAAAAUUGCUAGAAUUACAGUAAAGGCUCGAGAACACUGCCUUAGGAUGCUGGAAGAAGCAUUGAUCACCAACCAGCAAGCAACACCAGUUACAGAUAGUUCAGGUUUUCUAGCGUGUGCUGUAGAGAUGGAAUAUGAAGCUUUCCGGACCAAUAAAAUGGCAAACCUCUACAAGGCAUCAGUUCUAAAGAAGGUCACAGAAAUUAACAAAGCUUCCAAAAAUGGGGAGUUGUACGUUCUCCCGGACUUGGGAAUCAGUGACUAUCCCAAGAUGAAAGGUGAACCAACUACUACACAUGAUGACGUCUUCUGUCAAGCAUCCAAAGUGAAUACUUUCAAACCCAAGAGAAUGGGGAUUGGAUUUCGAAGGAUGUCUGGCAUGUUCCAGUCUGCUUCAGAGGUUCUAUCUGCUAAGGAAGGAGAUGACAUUAAUGUUAUAAAAGAGGAAAUUGGCUCAAACUGGAAGGAGGACAGUAGCUGUGGUCCCAAGCCUUUGGAUAUGGAUGACAUUCUUGAUAAGGAGGAAGCAACCAACAAAAUAUGCAAAAACGGUGGUGAAUCCCCUAAAAAGAAAGGACAGCAUGACACUGCUGAGGCUGUCACCGCCUUAGCAAUUAGUCCUGAAAAGAGAAAACCUACUAAGAAGCAGUUGCUGUUGGCAGAAGCCGCUAGGAAAGAAUCUCAGAACAUCUCCAAAUUCUUCUCCAUCCCCAAAGCAGGAUGUCAAGUCAAGGCUUCAGAAAAUGAUUUGGCAGAAGAGAACAUCAACUGUCUCAAUGAACUGCCUCAGUUUCCCUCCCGAAGAGCAUGUGAAGUGAAAGCUGAACCUCCAGAAACUGCCACUGUCUUUAAAGAAGAACUAUCGAGUUCAUCCCCCGCAAAAGAGCAGGAAUCCAAGAAUAUAGAAAAUAUGCCUUUGAGCGGUCAAAGAUUAGGGAGAGAGUACUCAUACUCGGGAUCAAGUUUUGAAAAGCUAAAGGCUGAAUUUUUGGUUGAAGAAGAUACAACCAAUGAUUGUGAAUAUCUUAAUGGAAAAAGACCAGGAUCAGCUGAAGACCUGGAAAGCCCUGCUGAAAAGAGGCUACGGAUGAUGAACAAGUCCUCCAUUUUGUCACAGUCAGAGGGGAAAGCUGAUAGCCUGGCAAAAAAGAAAGUCACCUUUGACCCAAAUUUAUCACAGGAUGAUAAAGAAGGGACCACGAGAGCCAUCCAGCCACCUUCUAAAACAUUGUCGCUUAAGGAAACAGCAAAUAUUGUUGUAAAAUAUUUGACUCCUUUCUACAAAAGUGGGAAAUUUGCAUCUAAGGAUUUGUUCAAGGGAUUUGCUCGACACCUCUCUCAUUUGUUGGCUGCAGAUAAAAGUAGUUUCCGCAAAACAGUGAAAGAAGAAGCGCAGAGGCAGAUCAAGACAUUUUUCAAAAGACGGGACAAGUGUGAAAGCGAAACGGACUGGCAGGAGCUGACCACUUUUGAAACGUGACUCAUGAAAGGCCCUGCUUCAUUUUGCUGGUUGUGACAGAAGACUGUUGUCUCUCCAAGUUUCACUGUAGCUACACUUUGUAACGAUGCAAUGAGGAAGCGGAGGGAGAGGGCAAUUGAGGAGAUAGAGGCUCCAGGGUUAAGGAUUUGAUCUGCACCAUACACCAUUGUAUGUCUGGGGGGGGAAAAAGUCAUAUUGCUGUCAGGUUUUAAGGGCAGCCUACUUUCUUCUUCUAGCAAGUAUGAGUGUACUGAAUUUUAUUAUUUGGCUAGGCAUAUGAUUGUGACUGGAGAGUCUCCAGUCUUUUAAUACAGAUUUUACUGGCAGCUGCCUUAAAUAGAAGACAUGCAUUUGCCUCAGUCAGGAUUUCUUUGCUGUGAGAGUAAAGUGUUAGAGAGUACUUUGGGGAAGACCAGUUAAUUUAUAAUUGAAAGGAAACCCGGAAGAGUUAUUUUGGCCAAAGCUCUUUAGAUUUCUGUUAUUUUAUGGUAUUGACAUGUUUCUUUUAUUCCAAAAGUGUUCCCUUACACCAGAAUAUUUUUAAAAAAAUUAAAGCUAACAAAAUGUGCUGAGUUGACUGGGCAGCAUAUUGACAGAAUUUUCCCUGAGUUAGUAAUAACAAAUUAAAUGCAGCAAAUUAAGGGCAUAGCAACCAGUACUAAUUAAACACAUACAAGAGGGACUUCCAAUGUAGGCAACAGGAACUAUUUUGAUGCUUAAACUUUCCUACAUUAUUUUCAUUCCCAAUUACUGCUCCAGUAACCCUGCUCUCCUAUGAAGUUCUAAAUGUGCAAUUAAGGAAUUCUGUCCUCCUUCUGCAUCAUCUGUCAGUAUUUGCUUUUUGUACCUAAGCUAUCUGAUAGGUGUUAGUGUAAGUUUCCUUCAUCUCUCACCAGUAUGACCAGGGUCUUUGUUGGCUGGGAACAUUGGAAGUUAUCCUUUAGACUGGGUUUGGGAAGAAA